UUGCAAACACUCGUUAAACCCAUACUGUACUCGCUCCCUGGGUCCUAUGAGCGCUUUAAAGCUGCUGGGGGCGGAGCUGGGAGCGCACAGGACGCACAGCCCCCCUGAGCUCUGUUGAUAGAGCCAGCUCCCGUCCUUCCAUCGCAGGGUAUGGCUGAGGACUUUGUAAAGAAGAGAGAAGAGAACAACACAGACUGUCUCAUAGGAACUACACGUUAAUGUGAAAUGUUUACGUUGCGACUGUGAUGAGCUCUAAUAAAUCAAGUCGGCAUUGAACCUGCUAGAAUGUCACAUGCACAGGUCCAGAUACCAGGACGUGGUUUCCCAGGCCUUUCUGUGGGUAUGACCGACGACUGCUUAUCCCGGGUGCCAUCCGUGCUGAGGGCGCACGGUUUGGGCGCACGGAGAAACUCUUACGGGCUGCAGAAAAUUAGUAUGGACAUUGAUUCGCCUCUCUACAGCGGCGUCCUUUCCAAAGCCUUGUCCUGGUCCGCUGAGAAUAUCCCAACACUACCCGAGUUCAGAGCAGAGGACGAAAAAAACGACGAAUCUCCACGGUCGCCGUCCCCCGUUUCCAGCCCGGGAACCAAUUCCAACACGCCCUCCUGCAGCCAGGAGCCCGACCUCGGCCCCCUUACUUGGGAUCCCGUCCCGAGGUCCAACGCCCAGGACGCCAGCUCGGACUCUGAAAAUGAACAUAAAAAUAAAGAGAACAAGAUCUUGUCUCGAGUCGCCUUUGAUACUCACUGGGAGCAGGAGGAGAAAGAGGAAGCGGAGACCAAAGCGGUGGCAACCUCACCUGAUGGAAGAUAUCUAAAAUUCAACAUAGAGAUUGGAAGGGGAUCUUUCAAGACGGUCUACAAAGGACUGGAUACUGAGACCACAGUGGAGGUGGCCUGGUGUGAGCUACAGACCCGUAAGCUGACCAAGGUGGAGCGACAACGUUUCAGCGAGGAAGUGGAUAUGCUGAAGGUUCUGCAGCAUCCCAACAUCGUCCGCUUCCACGACUCAUGGAAGUCGACGGUGAAGGGCCACAAGUGCAUCAUCCUGGUGACUGAACUCAUGACGUCAGGCACACUCAAAACAUACUUGAAGAGGUUCAAGGAGAUGAAGCUGAAGCUGCUGCAGCGCUGGAGUCAGCAGAUCCUCAAAGGGCUUCACUUCCUGCACACGCGCACCCCUCCCAUCAUCCACCGAGACCUCAAGUGUGACAAUAUCUUCAUCACCGGCCCCACCGGCUCAGUGAAAAUAGGAGAUCUGGGGCUAGCCACUCUCAAAAGUGCCUCUUUUGCUAAAAGUGUUAUUGGAACACCAGAGUUCAUGGCCCCAGAGAUGUACGAGGAGAAGUAUGACGAGGCGGUGGACGUCUAUGCCUUUGGAAUGUGCAUCCUGGAGAUGGCCACCUCUGAGUACCCGUACUCCGAGUGCCAAAACGCCGCCCAGAUCUACCGCAAAGUCACCAGUGGAAUUAAACCUGCCAGCUUCUGCAAAGUCAAAGUCCCAGAACUGAAGGAGAUCAUUGGGGGCUGCAUUCGAAUGAACAAGGAUGAAAGGUACACCAUACAGGACCUCCUGGACCACCCCUUCUUCCAGGAGAACAAUGGUGUGCACGUGGAGCUGGCAGAGGAGGAUGACAUGGUGAAGUCUGGCUUGAAGCUAUGGCUGCGCAUGGACGACACCAAGAAGCUCCACGGGAAGUACAAGGACAACAAUGCCAUUGAGUUCCUGUUUGAGCUCUACAAAGAUGUGCCCGAGGAGGUGGCUCAGGAGACGGUUGUGCUUGGCUUUGUGUGUGAGGCAGAUUUCAAGCCUGUGGCCAAGGCCAUACGGGACAGGGUGACAGCCAUCAAGCGGCAGAGAGAGAAGCUGAGGCGGCAGGUGGAGCGGAAGAAGAAGCAUGAGCAGGAAGCCAUAGAAGAAGAACCCGAGCCUCUGCUCCUCUCACCUAAAGUCAGUGAUGUUAUUGCAGCAGGGCUUCCAAGCCCAGUCCUGACAUCUCCAGGCCCAGUCCUGUCCCCUGUGACCAGCUCUGUGGACUCUGGGGUCAGCUCCAACUACCCUGCAGAGCCAGAGGAGCCCGAGGCAGACCAGCACUUCCACAUGCACCGCAACAGCCUGUCCUCUGCUAACUCUGACUGCGAGAUGGAUGGCUAUCUGAGCUCCUCUGGGCUUCACGACCCGCUGGAGGCCGGCAGCUUCAACAUGCCAGCAACGCCUCCUGCCACGACUAAAAGCAGUUCCCCCGUCCCCGCACUCUGCUUCCCCUCAAGUAUUGCCGUAUCCAACAACAUUGAACGUAGCAACUCAGGGUCCCCAAGUGGCUUCAACUCCCCCGUGGACAGCUAUGCCUCUGAUGUAGCUUCAGGCUUGAGUGACGGCUACGAGGGCCUGUCAGAGAAGAGCGAGAGAACGGCUGCAAGGCGAACUGCUGCAAAGCUGUUCAAGCGGAGGGCGCGCUCACGUCUGCGCAUCACAGGGCUCUCUGAUAAUGUGGACCGGGUAGUGGAGUGUCAGCUGCAGACACACAACAACAAGAUGGUGACAUUCAAGUUUGACCUGGAUGGAGAUAACCCGGACGAUAUUGCUGCCGUCAUGGUGCACAAUGAGUUCAUCCUGCCAUCAGAGAAGGAGGGCUUUAUCCACCGCAUGGGCGACAUCAUCAAACGGGCCAAAGGUCUGAUGGCCAAAGACGAGCCAGCCCACUCCAACAACCACCGCCUGCCCCAGCACGCUUUCAACAGCACGGUCAACUCACUGUCUUCAUCACAGCCUGAUCUGCACAGCCACACCCUGCCUCGAACACACUCGUCCUCUUCCCUGCCUGGGUCUCCCAUCCAUUAUCAGCACCAUCACCACCCUGCAUCACUCCUACCCCACCACCAGCACUACCAGUUGCCCUUCAUGGGCCAUUCUCACUUUCCAUUCCCAUACCCAGGCUCUCCGGGGCCCAAGCCAGUGGGGAUCCAUCCUCCCCUCACACGUGUGGCCAGUAACCCCACCUUCCCUUCUGUUCCCUCCCCAGGCCCUGAUUCUCCAAGUUCUCAGUAUGACACCUCAAGCCCUUGCAGCCCUGAGAGCAUCACUCUGUCCCCACCUGCCCCUCAGCAUCCCAACAUGUGGCCCCCUCACACGCAGCCCCUGUUUUCAUUGGCUAAUGUCAUCACCAUGGCCAUGAACAUGGCCCAGUCGUUCAUCCCUCCUGCGAGCCUUCCUACACAGGGGAUGCUCUCCUUUCCAGGCUUCCACCCCCAGUUACCCACUCCGAUGACCCCACAAACAGGUUACCCCUUCAUCUACCCACAACAUUACCAAACCCCACCAGCAGAGUUCUCUUACCCCACUCCUGGCAUCCCAGCACAGAACGUCUUCCACAGCCCUCAGAGUGCACCUCCAAUGGAUGGAGCUGGUUUUCCUCUGAGCAGUCAUCCAAGCUGGCCACAUCCUGUCUCGCGGCCUUCCAUGCCUUGCACUUCUCCACUGGCUGCUCAGGAGCCUCUGCAGCAAGCUGGACUCUCCAGUCCCCCCUGCCGAACCCUGCAGAACAACCUCCACAGUCAUAUGGCCCCAUACUCAGUACAGGUUCCAGCCCAAGUUGAACCCAAAUCAGAAGCCUCUAGUUCAGUUUCUUCAGGUUGUUCCCUGUUGCCCCCAGAGAGCCCAAAAAGCAAAUUAUCAUCCCUCAGCACUCAGUUGCACCCUGCUGUACCUGAGAUGAACCCCAGUAGCCCACAGCCAAAAGACUCUUUUCCUAAGUCAGAGGCCCAGUCAGCAUCAGUGACUGUUGGGCGAUUCCAGGUGACGCCCAGCAUGGAUGUCCCUGCAUCAGCUGAACCAGUAUGUAGUCUACCUACUGCACCACAGCCUGCACACAGUGGCAGCACCCCGACAGAGAGCAGCACCGAGGAACAGACUGAGACCAGCCUGGGCACCUCCCUCACCAUGUCCGCACCUCACCCACAUCCCCACAGAGACACGUCAGGGCUUGACGGGCAGCCAGGAUGGGCUAGGAGCCAGCAGCAGCAGCAGGACAGAAAGAAAGAGGAGGAAGAAGAAAAGGAAGAGGUUGGAGGGGAACGGCAGCGGUCGAGGAAGAGGAACCGGAGGAGGGCGUACAGCCUCAGCCUGAUGGGAACACCUGCGGACAGCGGACUCUCAGUAAUGGCUGCGGAGGUCGAGGGGAGGCUGUGGGAUGGCAUGGCGGGCAGCCCGCAGUACAGCAAUGCCCUUCAACAUUUAUGGAUGAUGACUUGCAGCCGAAACGCUCCAUGCAUAAGCACCGAUGACUCAGACAGUGACAAUGAAGAAAUGCUGGAGGAGCUUCAGGAACUCCGAGAGAAACAUGUGACAGAGGCUCAGGCCCUGCAGGCUGCCCAGAAGAGAGAGAUUGAGGAGCUGUAUGAGAGGAUGGGAAAGGUUCCCCCUCCAGGCAUCGUCUCUCCUGCUGCUAUGCUGUCCAGUCGACAGCGCCGUCUGUCCAAGGGGAGCGGUUUCCCCUCGUCUCGCAGGAACAGCCUGCAGCGCUCGGACAUGCUGCCCAUCCAAGGUCUUAUUAGGAGAAACUCCCUUGGAGGCAGCAGCAGCAGUCCCCAGGAUAAACCCAGCAAAGGGGUCACCUUCUCUGCUGACAUAAGUAGAAUAUAAGAACCUCUCAGCCAAGCAUGCUGUAUAUGUGGACUACCUCAUGUAAUGUGACUGCAGUGGUCAAACCCAUCCUGAAGGAGGAUCACUUAAAUACUUCUCACUGGCAAACCCAUCUGAAAACUGCUUCGGCCAGUGGUCAUUUACCUCAAAUGUAUAGAGACGGUCAUAAACAUACCUGGAUUUACCCAGGAACUGUAACAUCCGGUGUCACAUUUGGUGACUCUGUUGCAGCUGAAGCACAGAAGACCAGCUCAUCUGGUUCAUGUUAAAAAUGACAAGUUUGUUUUUGCGCUCUUGUAAAUAAUGUCAGACCCAACGGUUCAGAAGUAUCCAGCUUCAGUACUCUGCAAAAUGUCAUGUCUGUUUGUUUAAAGCAUUUUGUAUUAACGCAGUCAGGUGGGUACAAAGUGCUGCAGAGUUGUGCCUUUUCUGCUGAGCUGACACGUACUGUACUAUGACUCCGACCCAGAUUAAUGAUAGUUGCUGUUUUCUUGCUCGUCUGAUUCACUGCCGUUAAUCAAUCUGAGCACAGUAAUGUGAACCACAGCAAGGCUCUAAUACUUAUACUUACAGUUGCCAUAACACAGAUGACAUUUCGGGCAGUCCCACAGAUUCUUUACUGCAGUUUGCUAAUGUUGUCUCAGCACCUGCUGACUGCACAAUAAAUACACCCUCAUUUAGUCUGGCUCUGAUUAUUGCCUUCCAGGGGCCGAUGGGAGCAGUCUACAUGCAUUUUACAGUUAGAUUUAUGGAAACAAUGUAUUAUGUGUUUGUAUUAUGAAAACAAUUGUAGUACAUCUUUAAUUUCUUUGGUGAUUUCGACACCUGGUAUGAUGAUCUAUAUUUUGUAUUUAUCCUGGAGAAGUUUUACUCCUGAAAUUUUCAGAUGUGGCAAAGAAUUUUCACAUUGUACAGUGGUAGAAUAAGCAGGUAUCUCAAAACAUACAGUUGAAAGUGUUGAUGCUUCAGAAAGAAGCAAGAAAGUUAUACAUCUUUGCAUGCAACUUUAGCAAAAAGAAUUUCAGAAAAACUAAAAAAGGGGAAGAGAUUUGAUUUUACAUUAGUGCAAACAAAAUGACAAUUUUCAUUUGAUUUCUUCAUAUUGAUUAGUUAUCUGCCUAGUUUUUAGACUACUGGCUUUCUUGCUGAUUGUACAUGUGUAUAUACCAGAAUGCACUUAUAGAUUAUGUUGAGUAAAUGAAAUAUUUCAGCAACCUUAAUUCUUGUUCAAGCAAAAAUCAUAUUUGUUGCUUGUUCCAUAGAUCAAGCACCUCAUGCACUUUAUUUCUGAACCAUUUAACACGUUUGUGGAUAAAACUGUUUAACUCAAAGAAGAGCCAAUAUGGUUCCUGUUAUUUUUCCACAAGAGAGGCAGAGAAUAUAUUCUGAUGUAUGUUUGAUCACCAUAUUUGAUAUGGGAUCACAAUAAUGAUGUUGAUACACCCUCCUCCAGUUCUGAACCGUUUUAGUAAAUUAUGUGGUUAAAAAAGACAAGUCCAAGCUGUGAAGCUGUAGCUGUUGCCUUAUAAAAUAUUCACAACACAUACUGAAUUUUCUGGCAGUUGAAUUCCUGUAAGAUUCAUAAUAUAUUCAAAGUAAAUUCUCAUUUCAAACUUUUGAAUGUAAAUAUAUAAAACCUUAUUGCUUCUGAA